AUGGCCGACCCUAACAGCAACUUCGUUGCAUCGAUGCAAAUCUCGGUUGGAUCUCCACCGCAACAAGUUUUGGCGAUCUUCGACACAGGAAGCAGUGAUCUCUGGGUUCCUCAGCUCAACAGCCGGCUAUGCAAAGACCGUCUGGCAACAUGCACCGCCAGCAACGGCAGGAACUCUAGCGUCUCAGGUGCAUUUGAUAACGCCAAAUCAACUACCUUUAAUGCCAAUCGCUCUCCGUUCGAGGCUACGUACGCAAAUGGUGUUGAAAUCCAAGGAACCUUCAUGUCAGAAUCAGUCACGGUCGGCAACACAUCGAUCUCAAAUAACACUAUGGGAUUGGGUCAGACUGGCAAGCUGACAUCACCCCUGAUUGCCAUCCUGGGCGUCGGCCCCUCGAGCUCAGAGGCGUCCGUUCUCGCCAAUAAUGCUAAGCCGUACACGAACUUUCCAGAAAAUCUCAAAGCCCAGGGGCUCACCAAGUCGCUGGCUUACAGUGUAUACUUGAAUGAUUUCAGGUUGCCUACUGGAAGCGUCGUGUUUGGCGGGAUGGACACUGCCAAGUUCACAGGACAAAUGCAGAUGAUCCCUCUCGUUGGACAGAAGCUAUUCAAAUCGAAUGACUUCAUCGUGCCUUGGACUUCCUUCUCCUUCUCGGCAGACAAGAAUGCCAAACCAACUGCAAUUGGGGGAAACAACUUCCCACCCGUCCUUGUUGAUUCUGGCAACCCAUCCUUAUCCUUCCCACCAAAGAUAUUGGAUCUAAUCGGACCGGCUAUCAAUAUCCAAACACUACAGGAUGGAACGAAGGCAUUGAAGUGCAGCAGCGGCGAUUCGGGUGCCAAGUUCAACUUCGAGUUCCAGACGGCCAAGGUCGAGGUCCCUCUGUCGAUGAUCUUCAUCCCCCUCAUGAAGAACGGGGCACCCGUCACCGACAAGAGUGGCAGUUCCCUGUGCACACUUCCGUUAGAACCCAUUGACAGUAACGUAGCAUCUUUUGGUGCGCCUAUGCUUUCGGCUGUGUACACGGUCUUUGAUCUUGAGAACAAACAGCUCGGAAUGGCACAGGCUAAACUAAACGAGUCAGCAUCAAACAUCGAGGAAUUUGUGCCAGCCAACCCAUCGAAGGGAACAGCCAAACGGCCACAAGCGCAAAGUGUGCGCUUCAGACAGAAGUGA